AUGGAUGAAAGGGUGCCUAAUGAUCCACCUUGGGAGGCCGAUUAUCCCGGCUCUCCCGGCCUUCCACAUCCGCCUGCUUCUGAGAUAGCUUUGCUCCCUGGCGUAACGACCUUCCUCCAACAGACGGAACCGUACGAGCGUGUAGCUAAGGAAUUUCGAGCAUCCUGGGAGUCUGUUCAGCAUGACGAUAAACAUGAUGUAAUUGCCAAAGCCUUCUAUGAAGCAGGUGAUUUUGUCGCUUGGUUUGCUUAUUUUCGCAUCAAGCGCGCUGCUGAACAGUCGGCUAGCUGCACUGGCAAGACGGACUGCAGACGCUUGAUUGAUAUUCUUCAACACGCGGAUGUGCAUAUUCAGAGACAGUUAGCGACGAAAGUGGUCGCAGUCUUCUCCGACGAGCAAAAAGAGAAGAUCGAGAAAUUGCAUGAGAAGAUGUCGCCGCCUGCAGCAAGACAACGUCAGUCUUCUACACACGAUCAACUACAAAUCUCAGAGGCACCGCAGCCACACACGACACCAAGCUUUAACACCGACCGCGUGAUGAUCGAAAGACCAACGAUACCCGCCCCCAAUAGCUUCUUGACGAGCUACGAACAGGUCAUUGUCAACCCGCCUUUGAAUACAGCCAAGAAGCUGUUGCAUAAAGAUCUCUCGAACGCGAUCGGAACGACCCAAAAUCCUAUCCCUAAGGGCGCAUUGCUCGCUGCAAUCUCAAUGGCGUUUCCCCCAACGGGAGGGAAAGACGAUUGCCAGAUGGUCCUUGAGAUAUUAGAGGAUAAAGUACAACAUUUUGCCAAGAGAUGGUUCAAAAAGCGCCUCGAAUCAAAAGACGGCUUGCGAUGUCUGGUUGCACGCGAUGGGUCGACAAUUGUGCCCUAUCCACAGUUUACCUUGCGAGGCUUUCAGCGGCGCCGCCGAACCGAUUUUGGGCUAGUUGUGUCUCACGCAAUUACAACCAGCCCGAGAUACCAGGACGACGAAAAACAUAGCCGUCCCUACACAGACGGCGUAUCUAUGGUCGUAUCAGCGCAAGCCAAUGCUAGGGCUCACGUCUAUUUAUCUCUGGGGUUGGUUGAGGGGAUUCGAAUCAAAGAUAAAUUGUUUGUGUAA